AUGGUCAUGCAAUUAGAACAUGUUCUCUAAUGUGGACCGUGCAAGAAUUUACAUGGUUGUAAUCAAUAACAAUAAAGAGAAACAAUGUGUGUAUAUAUCUUUUACAGAUUCGGAAAAUGCUUUUUGCCGAUUGAUCCACUGUGCUUAAAGAGAGUUCACUAAUAUCGAUCGAUUAAUUUAGCAAUACGGAAGGAAUCUUUCACCAGUUAGUUUCAAGAGACGGUGGUUUUAGUCACGUCUUAGAAAUUCGUGUGGUAUAUUUCAUCACGGUCAUCAGGAGUGGAACUAUAUAAUAGAUAUUAAUUUACACUAUCGAUAUUAACGUUUAAAGGAAAACAUACUUGACGUUCACGCCUAUGUGAAUAAAAAAUAUUUUUAUUCUCUCGAUAUUUUUUUUUUCGAAAUUAACAUGUGUAUUCAAAGAAAAGUGUUCGUUACACGGAGGGUUCCGCAACCCGGGAUCGAACUUCUGGAAGGGGCUGGAUGUAAGGUUGAAUUCUGGGACAGCGAUGAAGCGAUUCCAAGGGAGGAGCUUAUACGGGGGAUAUCCGGUGCCCACGCUCUGUUCUGUAUGUUGACGGACACAAUUGAUGGCGAGGUGCUGGAUGCUGCAGGACCAAAUUUACAGGUUGUAGGCACGAUGUCUGUAGGAUAUGAACACAUUGAUCUAGAAGCAUGUCGUGCACGAGAUGUUCGAGUUUGUAACACUCCGAACGUGUCCACAGACAGUGUGGCUGAGUUAACAGUGGCACUGCUGUUGCUCACUGCUCGGCGAUUACUGGAAGGGGUUCAAGCCGUUAAAGAUGGACAAUGGGGGAAAUGGAAGCCUAUGUGGUUGUGUGGUAUGGAGCUGCCGCAGAAAACAGUUGGAAUACUAGGACUCGGACGCAUCGGGUUUGGCGUUGCUAGGCGACUGAAGCCAUUCGGAGUCAAAAAAAUUGUGUACCACGACGUUUGCAGGGUAGGUUACGCAGACGAUAUCGGGGCUAGUUUCGUAGAAUUCGAUAAACUCUUGACUGAAUCAGAUGUUAUUUGCAUUUGUUGUAAUCUUACACCACAGACAAAACAUAGAUUCAAUAAAUCUGCUUUCAAAAAGAUGAAAAAGCACGCCAUAUUGGUGAACAGCGGAAGAGGCGGGGUGAUAAAACACGAUGAUCUGUUAGAAGCAUUAACUUCCGGAGAAAUUGCUGCGGCCGGAUUGGACGUUACUGAACCAGAACCACUUCCGGCGGAUCACCCGCUUGUACAUCAACCGAAUUGUAUUGUUCUUCCGCACAUGGGAAGUAACACUUGGGACUCUAGGAAUAGUAUGUCGGAAACAACCGCAAAUAAUAUAUUAUCAGUAUUUAAUGAUCAAACUGCCAUUGGUCUAGUGCAGUAGAAAUUUCUUCGAAUAGUUUUACUUCCAUGGUGUUUUGUCGUUAGUAUCAAUAAAUACUGUUGUUUCUAAAAUUGAUACUAGAUUCAUUUCCAGCAGAGUUGUUUUUAACACUUAUGCUAGAUUUGUCAAUUUAGAAAAUAAGCCCGUAAUAAAUUUCGACAAGGAGGCGCCUUCUAUUAGGUACGCCUAAAAAUGUCUCCUAUGGAGAUGACGUCGUUAAUUCAGGAUUAGUUGUUGCAUUAGCUGUUGGUUUAGAGAAGAAGAAUUGUACAAAACACGAAAUGAUUUACUUUUAAACUUUUUUUCCAUUUCUUUUUAAUGCAGGUAUAUAAUCAAAAUUAUAAUAUUACAUUGUCAGCAACUUAACUGAAAAAUGCAAAUAUACGGUAAUAUGAUAUUUGAAAUGAUCUUCUUCGCGCAAAAUUAGUGAAUGUAAAUUUUUCUUUCUUAAAAAUACAUAUUGGAGUGCAAGCCUAUACAAAUUGGUUUUCGAAUUUAUAUGCUUCAAUACCCUACGAACAAUUAUUACCGGGAACUAUGACAACUCACGCUUUUAAAUAGCCAAUGAAAGUCAAGUGUUUCUUCAAGUGAUAAAAAGUACGCCAAAUCAGAGUCAAAAUGUUAAGAGGUAUUUUGGGGAAUUUCCACUAGGGUUCAGAUUUUUUUUUGCCAUGUUAUAGAAUGCAGUGAACUACAGUAUCUUCGGAAAUGAACCUAUUUCGAACAUUUCUUCAACUGAUGAUGGCAACAUUUUGAUAGAAGGAAACGAUUUAAACGCAAAAAUUGUGCAGUCAAUUCAAAAUGGUGUUACUAUAUUAACACGGGUAGUUGUAAAGGUUAUCACAUUCUAUUGUUUACACUGGUAAUAAAAUUUGUUUGCGGU